CCAAACGCAGCUCCAAAUGCCAUUACCGGCCUCUCCACUCGCCGCCGCAGCCGCAUGACCCCCGCCGCCGGCCGCCCAUCCCCUCCGGUCGCGACCCUCCUCGGCCGCUGCUGUACUCUUCGCUGCCUCGCCCAGCUCCACGCCCGUAUCGUUCGCCUUGGCCUCCACAACCACCACGCCCUCCUCGCGCGCUUCACCGCGGCCUGCGACUCGCUCGCCUCCCCCUCCGUCGCCGACUCCUUCCUCUCGGCUCUCCCUUCCCACGCCGUCCCGCUCAGCCUCCGCAACGCCGUCCUCGCCUCACACUCUCGCCAUUCCCCGCUCCACGCUGCGCUUGCGCAGUUCAAUAUCGUCCGCCGCACCGCCUGCCCCGACGCAUUCUCUUUCCCUUCCUGCCUCCGCGCGUGCUCCCGCGUACCCUGCAAACCCACUGGCUCCGCUUUGCACGCUGCAGCCAUACGCCUCGGCCUGGAUGCCGACCUCUUCGUCCGCACAGCGCUCAUCCAGUUCUACGGAAGCUGCAGCUCUGCUGGCGCAUCCCGGAUGCUUUUCGACUCAAUGGUCAUUCCCAGCGAGGUUUCCUGGACUGCCAUUAUCAUGGUCUACGUCGACUGUGGUGACAUCGUGUCUGCCCGGGAGAUUUUUGACCGAAUGCCACACAGGAACGUGGUUCAUUGGAACGCCAUGGUUGGUGGGUACGUGAAGUGCGGGGACCUGGAGAGUGCAAGGAGGCUGUUCGAAGAAAUGCCCCAAAGAACUGCUGCAGCGCACACAUCGUUGAUCGGUGGGUAUGCAAAGGCAGGAAAUAUGCAAGUUGCCAAAAUGUUGUUCGAUAAGUUACAUGACCGGGAUGUGUUCUCAUGGUCAGCGAUGAUAUCAGGCUAUGCACAGAAUGGUUAUCCUGGAGAGGCUUUAAGGGUUUUUAAGGAGUUCCGUGAGAAAGGCAUAUGCCCAGACGAGCUUGUUAUUGUUGCUCUGAUGACAGCGUGCUCCCAACUGGGUAACAUCAUGUUGGCAAAAUGGAUUGAAGGUUACAUCACGACUUAUUCCAUAGAUAUGAACAAUGCCCAUGUGUUGGCUGGUCUCAUAAAUAUGAAUGCAAAGUGUGGGAGCAUGGAGAGGGCUACUGUUUUAUUUGAGUCCAUGCCAGUUCGAGAUGUGUUCUCAUACUGUUCGAUGAUGCAAGGUCAUUGCCUCCAUGGUUCAGCUAACAAGGCUGUUGAGCUUUUCACUAGGAUGCUCUUGGAGGGCCUCUCCCCAGAUAAUGCUGUGUUUACAGUUGUUUUGACAGCUUGCAAUCAUGCUGGCCUAGUAGAAGAAGGGAAAAGGUACUUUGCAAUGAUGAAGAAUGAGUAUUUGAUUAUGCCAUCUGGCGAUCACUAUGCUUGCCUUGUCAGUCUUCUCGGGCGUUCUGGGAUGGUGAGAGAUGCAUAUGAGCUUAUUAAGUCAAUGCCAGGAAAACCUCAUCCGGGAUCAUGGGGUGCAUUGUUGCGUGGAUGCAUACUCCAAGGUGAUAUUGAGCUUGGAAAAGUUGCAGCAAAGAAGCUUUUUGAAAUUGAACCAGAUAAUGCUGGAAAUUAUGUAACCCUGUCAAACAUUUAUGCUAACAUUGACAGAUGGGCCGAUGUUUCUGAAGUUAGAGCUGAAAUGACUGGAAAAGGGUUAACAAAAAUAGCAGGUCGAACCGUUGUUCUAUAGUAAGGCAUUUGUUGAGACUAUUGAUGUAUUUACUAUUUAUCUUGCCUUAGCUUUGCUGACCUUAUUGGAAUGUUGAGUAGAGUAGUAGACUUCUGCUGAAUGUGGAAAAAAGACAAUAUGUGUGCUUUGCAUUGUCAACUCAUGAUGAUUACGAAAUCAUCAGAAACUAAUGAUUUGCACCCAAGUUUGGAUGUUUAUGGUAGAAGGCUGCUGCUUUUUGACAUAGAAAACAUGCUAGUUUACAACCUGUCUUGGGUUAAUAAGAGUCAUCAAGCCAUCUGAGGUGAACUGUUCACUUCUGCAUAGUGCUUCUAGUUAUAUGCUGACAUUACCUCGUGUUAAGAACCAGAGGAUAAUGUGAUUGCUGGUGAGAUUUCAUCUACUGUUGCCAUUGCCGAUGAGAUGAUGCCAUGAAUCUAGUGAACCUUGUUACUAUCCUUCCUUUGGGCUCAGUCUUCAGUGUUCCCAGCAUCUGUCAAAUGGGGAUCUCUUCAGAAGUUUUGUGGACUAAAGCUUUUGAAGAUCAGUGCCUCAACUAUAUUUCCUUAAGGUACUCUGGAGGACAUGGGUACUAUUUCACAAUAAUGGCCCUUGUCAAGAUAAGAAAUGUGGACAUUUGAUAUGAAAGUACUUUCAAGCUUCACCUAUGUAGAGGACAAGGCACAUGUCCAGUUGUUUUUUGCUUCAGUAGCAUGUGACACAUGCUUUUAAACUGAUCGGUCUAAGGAGGGUUUUGGAACUGGUUGCAUUAGUGGCUUGAGACUUGAGACUUUAAAAGGGACAACUGUUAGUUAACUUGAUGUCAGGCUCACAGAAUUGUACUGUAUACACCAGGAGAGCUUAAUUGUAUCUUAUCACUUGAUAGAAUCCAGAAGGCCAUGCCUUGGUCACUAAACUCGAAUUUCAAGCAGUUUCCCACAUCUCAAUUGAUGUUUACUUUGAGCUAGACGAAAUGUGCUUUCGGAUGCUUGCAUUUGGAAAUCUUACUGUAGCUGGUUGUAGAA